AUGCCCUCAUAUGCUAAGUUCCUAAAAGAAAUCCUAUCGAAUAAGAAGAAAUUAGAGGAUAAUGAGACCGUAACACUCACUGCCGAAUGUAGUGCAAUCAUCCAAAAUAAAAUGUCACCUAAGCUGAAGGACCCAGGAAGUUUCUCCAUACCUUGCAAUAUAGGAAAAUUUGUCAUAGACAAAGCCUUGUGUGACUUAGGAGCUAGUAUUAGCCUAAUGCCUUUGUCCAUUUGCAAGAAACUAAACAUGGGAGAUCUAAGACCAACCAAGAUGUCAGUACAACUUACAGACCGAUAUGUCAAGUAUCCUGUAGGUGUUCUUGAAAAUGUACCCGUCCGCAUUGGAUAG